UUCAGGGAGAGCAGAUAUAGUGAAUGCAGGGUCCGGGGAGAGCAGAUAUAGUGAAUGCAGGGUCCGGGGAGAGCAGAUAUAGUGAAUGCAGGGUCCGGGGAGAGCAGAUAUAGUGAAUGCAGGGUCCGGGGAGAGCAGAUAUAGUGAAUGCAGGGUCCGGGGAGAGCAGAUAUAAUGAAUGCGGGGUCCGGGGAGACCAGAUAUAGUGAAUGCGGGAGUCUUGGAAGACCAGAUAUAGUGAAUGCAGGGUCUGGGGAGAGCAGAUAUAGUGAAUGCAGGGUCCGGGAGAGAGCAGAUAUAGUGAAUGCAGGGUCCGGGGAGAGCAGAUAUAGUGAAUGCAGGGUCUGGGGAGACCGGAUAUAGUGAAUGCAGGGUCCAGGUUUAGUACAGGUACAACCUGUAAUGUUGCUUUUGACAGUGGAU